CAAUUAAUUAGCUUACAUAUUGAUAUCUUUGUUAUUGUUUUAAGCAAAUCUUUCUAAAUACUUAAUGAUUCAGUAAAGGGUCUAAAAAAAAAAACGUAGCGACUCGCUAGAAUUAUUAACGCACGACCGAAUCCGCGAUAUCUUAGGACGGCACGUAGGUGGUUAGUACAAUGUGUCUCCUGCUCUGUUUUCAGGCAAGUCCACAACGUCCGAGAGGCACGUAUUAUGUGAGGUGAAACUUGCAACGAGGGAAACGAAGAUGUCCGCCAUCAGCGUAGCUGCAUGGUUGCUCAGCGCCGUCGCUUUCGCCGCGAUUAAUAACGGCGCGCACUGCUACAGCAUGCUCCAUGGAAGCAGCGGGAAAAAUGGCAACUCUAAUCAGAACAGCCUGGACGACAGCAGUGCAAGGACCGGGCCCUACUUCGACGUGUCCGCCUCGAAGAACGUGACCGCUCUUCUAGGCAAGACUACGUACUUGAAUUGCCGCGUCAUGAACUUGGGAAACAAGACGAUGACGCUGCAAGUGUCCUGGAUCCGACACAGAGACGUCCACUUGCUCACUCUCGGUCGUUACACGUACACGAACGACCAGCGAUUCAGGGCGAUUCACAAAGCACAAACGGACGACUGGAUGCUUCAAAUCAGGUAUCCGCAGCUUCGGGACUCGGGCAACUACGAGUGCCAGGUCUCCACGACGCCGCACAUGAGCCACAUCGUGCAUCUGAACGUGAUCGAACCAACAACCGAAAUCCUGGGUGCGCCAGAUCUGUACAUCAACCGAGGCAGCACCAUCAACCUGACGUGCGUGGUCCUAGAGAGUCCAGAGCCACCAGCUUACAUAUUUUGGAAUCACAACGAUGCUAUAAUCAGCUACGACUCCAUCAGAGGCGGCGUAUCUGUGGUCACGGAGAGGGGUGACAGCACCACAAGUUUCCUGCUGGUGCAGGAAGCGAAGCCAUCCGACUCGGGGCGGUACACUUGUAAUCCCAGUAAUGCUCAACCCAAAUCGAUCACCGUGCACGUACUCAAUGGAGAGUAUCCCGCGGCAAUGCAGCACGGCGGUCAAGCCAAGCAACCAAGGCUCUACUCCCUUCUGCUCUGUCUGUGUCUGCUACUUUACUAACUGUCUCAACCCCCUCGCCCAACGCCCCUUCCCCCCUUGGAAGACCACCCUAUCCAUCGAACCAGUCGACGACGGUUAUCGAGGGACUUCCACCGUGAUAUCCACCGAUCGUGGGACGACGAACGCCGUCGUAGAGACUCCUCGGGUUCGCGCGACCAGGGACCAGUGGUGGUGCAGUGACACGGUAAAAAAAAAAAAAAAAAAAAAAGAAUUCUGGCGACAGGUGCGUCGAGUGAGAUCGCGCGGACGAGAAAAAGGGUACUCGCGUGCCUCGACGAAACGUCCUCGAACCGAACCUAAACGUAACCGUCAGCGUGGAUCAACACGAGUGGCCGAGUCGUGAAAACGCGACUGGAUACGCCCUCGUGGCGUUAACACCGAACGAAGCCGAUCACCACGCGAAACCAGGCCCUGUGGUGAACGUCGACGGUACGUGUUUCGACGGUACAGCGCUCGACGGUGCAACAAAGUGACUGAUCGUGAUCGCAGGCGCGAACACAUGACGACGGUGCGAGGCAACGUAACGCGGAAAUAAUGCAGCUGGUCGCGAAACGAUUAAACCCGAGCCGGUCGCGGGACAAACGGAAAUUGAGAUGGCGAAAGACGCGGAGCAGGGGUCGAAGGGGGGAGGAGGAGGGGGAGGGGGAGGGGGGGGGGACUAGCGAGACGGGACGAGGGUGACGGCGAACGGAACAAGCGCCCGAGGGACAAAGGUGUGGAUCAGAGUACAAAGGAUCGCCUUUCCUCCGCAAUUAUUCAGCCACGCCGACACGCGGAAUGUGUACGGAAGAGGAGAAACGGAAAGCGGUAGUGGAAAGCCCGGGAACACCGAUCGACAGCCGGAUCCGUUUUCCAUAGGGCGCGUCAUACCUCGUUCGCCGCGAAAAGGGCGACUCGUCGCCGCGCAAACCCCGCAAUUUCGAUCCUCGAUCCACGCCUGGCCAAAGUCCUUUCGUCGUUGUACCCUUGUUCUGCCACGACGCGUGGGACUCCUGGAAUUCGAGCUGAAAGUGGGAAUCACGAGUCGGACACGUCGUACGGUUGCGUGGGAACGAGUAUGUACCUGACUGUGGCGCGCGUGGUCUCGGUUGAAAUUGUAUGAUGUUGACACCUUCUGUUGUAGUAGGACUUUUAGGAGGGAAUUUGAGUCGAGCAUCGGAGUGCAGGAGUCAAGCAUGUGUGAAAAUGAAUUCGUACUUGUAUGGCAAGGGAUUGGUCGUGUCCUUGUGAGACUCCUGGUGAGGAGUUUGAGUCAAGAUUUGGAAAGCAAGAGCCACGCGGUGGUGUGCGAGUGAGUUUGUACCUGACUGUGGUAAGUGUGGUUCCAUAUUAAAUUGUAUGCCAAGAGAUCUACCCCUUGUUCUGCAACGUGCAAGACUACUAGUAAGGAGUUUUGGUCAAUCAUUGAAAGACAGAAGACAGGCACGUCAGACGAGUGUAUGCAAGUGAGUUUUUUUUCUUGAUUAUAGCACCAAUGGCAAGGGGUUGAACUCUUGCAAAGUGCGAGACUCGUGUUAUGGAAUUCAAUCCAAAAAAUAAAAAGCGCAAGUCAGGCAUGUAUGGAAGGAUGUAAGCGGGUUUGUACCUGACUGUGUUAACCCCUUAUCUUCCAACGAUGUGUGAGAUUCGUGGUACGGAAUUCAGGGUGUAAAUUAUUGGGGCAGUCUGGCAUUUUGGAACGAAAAAGCGAUUUCUUAUAGGUAGAAUAACUAAUUCAAAUUAAUGCAAUAUUGUGUUUUUUUGUGAACAAUAUUCGAAUUGCUGUUCUUUUACAUUCAGUCAUUCAUUCAAAAGCAAAAUGAAACGUACACUUAACAAGUAAAUGUAUAAACAAGUAAAUGUAUAAAAUGUAACGAACAAUUUUUUAAAUUUUACCAAGAUUCUUUCCAAACGCUUUCAAUAUUAAAAACCUUAAAGAAUUGCUUUUUAUAUAUCGAGUUUUUCAUCCGAAAUUGCCAGACUGCCCCCCUAAGUGACGCUGCGUCGCGCGGGGCCCCGUUUUGCGCGUAAUUGCGUCGGUACACGAUUAAGCGUAACGAAUUUUAACGCGAGCAAAAUGAAACGCGACGGGCACGGAGCAAUUAAUUCGCCGCUAUCGCGACUCGAUCGUAAUACGUUUAUUUACUUCGGCAACCGACACAUCGCGCGGAUAAAGCUGCGCCGUAUGGCAAAGUGGCGUCUCCUGUAUCGAUUAAUGCUUAACAGACGGUGCACGCAACGGAGUCGAAUUCUCGUGGAAAUCCUUGUCGGAUACCGAGAUAUCUUCCUAGUCGGAGGAUUUGCAUACGUGUAUUCCACGCUGCGCGACCAAUUGUUUAACUGCGACACGACAUCUAACCGUCGGCCUCUUGGGAUUAAGAAAAAGCAACGACCACGAUGCAUUAGAAAGGUUUCAAUUGUAUAUUUUUGAUAUUUCUUCGCUCCUUCUCAAAGGAGUGAUUUUUUACUGCGUUCCUGUAGUUAACUUGACUCCGUGAUUCUUUCCAUCUUGUAUAAUUGGGUGUUUGGACUCUGAAUCGUUCAAUUGCAGUAUAAUUAUUGUUUACUUGGAAUGUUAGGUACACGUGUCGUUGACGAAACAUUCAUUGAAUCUCGACGUUGAAAGUAUGUCAGGUAAAAUUGAUUGCGUCACACCAUUUUAACCGUUCAACAUUUCCUUUUUGGAUUAAUAUUCGUAACAGUUUUAAUAUCCUGUUUCGAAGGUUAUCGAUUUCAUUAACGAAUGCAUGGGUCGCGUUUUUCA